CGUUCACACAAAGUUCACAACACAAACCACACAUAGUUCAGUGCUGCCAUUCCAAAAGAGAAGAGAGUGAUUUGUAUGAUUUGUAUUUUCAAUUUUAAUUGAUUCCGAGAUCUCGUCAAGAAAAAAUUGGUUGACUUAUCAAGAAAAAAGGUGAAAACGAAACCAAUUUAUCUGGGGGCAAGAAAAAACGAUCAGGCCAGGAUGGCCACCUGGGACGGAUCUGAACAGGCCGGUCCGUCAGAUGAUGCCAACUUCUAUCUAUUGGCGCACGCGUUAAACGCGGCUGCGAAUCCCAGAACGUGGGACUAUUACUCAACAUCUGAGAAUAUUGAAUAUUCUCAGAAUUCCCUCGGGAUAUAUGCUCGAAAUAAUCUACCUAAUAUGGAGAUGAAUCAAGGAUUUCAGGGCAGCGGGACUUAUCACGAGUCCAUGGGGUAUGGUACAGGAAUGCAUGAGAACUCGGCAUCAACAGUUGACAAUAGGAAUUAUUUUUUUGAGAACAAUCAGCAGUCGCAAAAACUCCCAUCAUACAGUAAUCAACUUAUAAAUUACGCCCAUGAUGAAGGAAACACGUCGAAUGUACGAUAUCCAAGUCAAAAUCGCGACAUGGGUAUAGCCGAAUAUUCGAAUUUGCACGCGAGUGCAAAUGAAUUCGUACCAACGAUAUCGUCAAAAAACCCACAGAAAAACUCAUCUUCGACUUAUAAUGGUAGCGAAGUUCAGUACAACGAUUAUUCAAACGAGAAUUCACAGAAUUCCUCAUCUCAUAUAUUCUUCAGCGAUAAUAGAAAUCGUGCAAACGAACGACGUUAUGAUAAUGCGAGAAGUAACAAUUCUUAUCGAGGCGUGUACAAGCCUCAACGCGGCCGUAAUUACGAUCCAAAUUAUGGUGGGGGCUCGAGAGGCAACUGUGAUUUAAUGACAAUGAAUCAAGAAUCUUCAUCGAUCGGUGGUGUACAGUCGGAGGAUAACGCUUAUCGUACUAGCGUAAAAAAUCCAAGAGCCCGCAAUCAACAAAAUAGAUUCACUAAUGACAGAUAUUCCAAUAAUCGUCAGCAACGUGAGAGCAACGAUAAAUCAAGGCCAGACAGACGAAAACUGCAAGUUGAUACUUGGCAGAACCCUAGCGAGCCUUAUCGUGAUUCUAGAGCGGGUAACGAGGAUGUUCGCGAUAAUCAUACCGUUUCUAAUAACCGUGGGAAAUGGGGAAGAAACGACAGGAGAUAUCAGAAUGAUAGAUAUUCCGGAAAUAUACGUCAACAGAACGAUAAACCUUACCAAUCUUCCAAUGAUUAUGAAGAACAACAGAAUUUCGAGCCGUCAAUUACCUCAGGUAAUUUUUCGACCGGGACGAGACGCGAAAUUCUUCACAAUCGUGAAACCGAGAGACCGUAUAGAAAUGAGAGAGCACGUGGAAGGCAACGAGAUACUUCUACGAAUUUCGAUUCUACUAGACUUUCUUAUUACGAUCAAGAGGGAGAAAAUCAUGAAAAAGAUGCUAAUAAUAAAUUCGAUAGAUCGAGAGAUGAUAAUAAAAAAACAAGGGAACUCCGAGAAGAGGAAAAUCAGAGCUGGAGACAAAAGGACAAGGCACCAAUCAAGGGUGGUGGAAUGGCGAAAAAGUACAGCAAGAAAAUCGAAUUUGAUGAUGAUGCCAGUCAGAGAGAACGAUUGACCGAGCUAUUGAAUCAAGGACAUUUGGAGUGCCUCAUUUGCUGCGACUUUAUAAGGCAAAACGAUCCGGUUUGGUCCUGCACCAACUGCCAUCAUGUGCUACAUCUGAAAUGCUUAAAGAAGUGGGCUCACUCAUCGCAAGGCGAAAACGGUUGGCGAUGCCCAGCUUGUCAAAACGUGAGUUUGACGGUGCCCGAGGUUUGUUAUUGUUUCUGUGGCAAAGCCCGCGCUCCUGAAUGGAAUCGUCGCGACGUUGCUCACUCUUGUGGUGAAAUUUGCGGCCGAACAAGAGCCAAAAAUAAUUGUGUUCAUAAGUGCACCUUGCUUUGCCAUCCAGGUGCAUGUCCCGAGUGCAUUGCCAUGGUAACAAGAAAUUGUGGCUGUGAAAAAACUUCUCAGAGCCUCAAAUGCAGUACAAUGACUCUGGUUGUUUGCGAUGCCGUUUGCGAAAAAAAACUCAAUUGUCGCAUACACAAUUGUGAAAAAAAAUGUCAUCAUGGCGAUUGCGGCCCUUGCGAAAAAAAGUUGCAUCAAGUCUGCCAUUGCGGAAAGCAUGAGCGCGAUGUCACGUGUGACGCAGACUUACCAGAGACCUACAGUUGCACAGAGGUUUGCGACAAAUUGCUCGAAUGCGGUAAUCAUCGUUGUGAAGAAAUUUGCCAUCCGGGUAGCUGCGAUGCUUGUACGUUGCAACCGGCAAUGGUGACGCAUUGUUGUUGCGGUCAAACACCGCUCACCGUCGAACGGAAAUCUUGCCUCGAUUCUAUUCCGACGUGUGACAAAGUGUGUUCGAAACAAUUGAAAUGUGGCCAACCUAGUGAUCCCCAUACAUGCAAAGUAGACUGCCACCCCGGAGAUUGUCCGGAAUGUGAAUUAACAACAAAAGUUCGAUGUCGUUGCGGAAAUAUGGAUCGCGAGAUCGCCUGUAAAGAGCUACGCACGAAAGCCGAUGAUGCUCGUUGCGAAAAAAAAUGCACGAAAAAACGUUCUUGUGGCAAGCACAAGUGCAAUCAGCUUUGUUGCAUCGAUAUCGAGCAUAUUUGCCCGAUGCCGUGCUCCAAAACUCUCAAUUGUGGUAGACACAGAUGCCAAUUAAGUUGUCACAAAGGCAGAUGUCAGCCUUGUCAAGAAAUGAGUUUUGACGAGUUGCACUGCGAGUGCGGUGCGUCAGUAAUUUAUCCGCCGGUACCUUGCGGCACAAGAAAACCGACGUGCAACCGUCCUUGUACUCGUCAACAUUCAUGUGGUCACGAGGUUCUUCACAAUUGUCACAGCAAUCUAACUUGCCCACCUUGUACCGUACUCACUCAACGAUGGUGUUACGGCAAGCAUGAAAUAAGAAAAGCGGUACCUUGCCACGUCAAUGAAAUAUCAUGUGGCUUACCAUGCAACAAACCAAUCUCGUGCGGAAGACACAAGUGCAUAACACUCUGUCAUCCUGGUCCUUGUGAAAAAUCCGGUCAAGUUUGUGUACAGCCGUGCACAACAGCACGCGAAAUGUGCGGUCAUAUUUGUGCUGCUCCGUGCCACGAAGGCAAAUGCCCAGACACGCCUUGUAAAGAAAUGGUCAAGGUCACUUGUAACUGUGGGAACAGAACGAUGACCCGAGCGUGUGCUGAAAAUGCCCGUGAAUUUCAGAGAAUAGCAAGCGGAAUAUUAGCUAGUAAAAUGGCUGAUAUGCAACUCGGGCAUUCGGUUGAUCUUGAAGAAGUUUUUGGUCAAGGUGCUAAAAAGCAAAAUCAAUUGAAGACACUUGAGUGUAACGAUGAGUGCAAGAUAAUAGCGAGAAAUCGUAGAAUAGCGCUUGGUUUGCAAAUAGUGAAUCCAGAUGUAAGUGGCAAACUCAUGCCACGCUAUACCGAAACAAUGAAACAAUGGGCAAAGAAAGAUCCGCACUUCUGUCAAAUGGUUCAUGAUAAACUGACCGAACUCGUACAAUUGGCAAAAACAUCGAAGCACAAAUCACGGAGUUAUUCUUUCGACAGUAUGAAUCGUGAUAAACGUAAUUUUAUACAUGAAUCCUGUGAACAUUUCGGUUGUGAAAGCCAGGCUUACGAUCAGGAACCCAAGCGUAAUGUUGUUGCUACUGCGGUCAAAGAUAAGUGUUGGUUGCCAAGUUAUAGCUUAUUAGAAAUUGUGCAACGAGAAAACGGUCAGCGCAAGGUGCCACGACCAAUGCUCAAUUCGUCGAAACCAAAAUCAACUUUACGAUUAUCGGAAGUUCUAUCGUCAACUGCCAGGGCAAGUCAGAAGUUAAAGCCUGUCGCAUCCACGUCCUCGAAGUCUCCAGAGCCCGAAAUAGACUAUUUUGAUUUUCCUAAUGGAAAAGCUGGUAAAUGAGUCAACAUUUAACCGAUUUUAACGACGUCAUGAAGAAAACUUUCGUCUCACGCUACUUGCCUCGUAAAGUUAACUCGUAAAGCUCGUUUUUUUCCUCCAUCCGGGGAUAGAAUCCAAGCCGCGUCUUAAAUGCAUCUGUCGUUCCGUGAGUUUUCAAUCCAUUUUCACAUGUAUGUAUAUAUGUAUAAAAUGACCACUUAUCCGCUCUGGUGGUAUUGUCAUACAAAUGUAUAUGUAUAUACAUAUGUACAUGGCGUCGGGAUGGUGAGAUCCAAAACGUGGCCUCAAAAUGCUGUUGAUUCAAUCACCGAUAAACGAAUUCCACGUAUCGUGUACCUUAAAACAACAGUGAACAGAUGAACGAAUUAACAGUUCCACAUUCUUGCUAAAAUAAUAUACAGACAAAGGAAACAAUUGGAGUAAAACCGAUAAGAUCACCAAUUCAAUUUCGUUAUCGCACCAUAUUCUUUUUAUUUAUAUUUUGGGUAAAAAAUCGUGGAUAGGAUCGAAUGCAUAUUCAUCUAUUUAAUAAAUAACUUAAAAAGGCAAAGUUCAGUUAAAUUGAUAAAAAUAAAUCUAAUUUUAGCGACUGUUUUCGAUCCAUAUAAACAGAUCAUUUUGAAGCUUACAAAAGAUGCUUUCUAUGAAAAGACCGAAAUAUUGAUUUUUCAUGAAAAAAAUACAUUCCGGAGGAUUUUAAACAAAUUCACGCCAAAGUUCAUCAUCGUUCAGUGUAACAAACUUUUGUUUUAUGAUUGUAUUAAAACAAUCAAGAAUUCCUUUAUUCUCCUUUUCAAAUAUGUUUCACAUAAAUUUUUCUUUUUUUCUUUACGGAACCACGCAAGUAAUACUUGAGCACGUACUUCCUCAAUUUUGAGUUUUGGAUAAAAAUGAGGCAUUCCACUUUCGGCGCCAAUGGAAUGUUCGGGGUUUUCAAAAAUGUUUUGUCAAAAACAAUAUUUGCAUAUGAAUAAAAUGAUCAUGUCAAAUGUGCGACGAAUCCUCCGGGCAAAUUUGAAAAGAUGUGAUUUUUCUCAGCAGAGAAAAAAUAUGACAAACAAAUACUCUUGUUCGGCGAUUUCAUUCCAUACUUUCGUAUUUUCUUUCAAUAGAUGUUCAUUCGAUUUUUUCCAUUUAACAUAUAUUUCAUGUAAUAAAUUCUUCAGCAUGUGCAUAAUGAAUUUUUUUCCAACCAUCAUCUUUCUAGAAUUUUCUAAUACAUGGACGUGAUUACCAUUGUGUUCCGUAACGGAUGUCCGAAAUUCGCAUCACUUUUCCUCGUGCAUAUUUCUUCAAAUAAAACGAAAAAUACCAUGAACGUUUCACGGUACAACCAAAGCGCUUCAGUUUUAAGAGGGGCAAUUUCAGACUAAAUAACGAGUUGCAUUACCGCGUUUUCGAUGAGAUUUUCUUAUCAGAGCUUCCCGUCGUUGUAACCAGUAUCUUGAGAUUUCUCAUUUCACGAUGCUCCACAUUCUCUAUUUCGUUAAACUGAUUGGUAACGACGCAACGUGAUGGAAUAUAAUAAAUCAACUGGACAAAAAUA